AUGUGGGAUGAUGAAGACUGGCAACGCCAUGCAGGGUGCAAUGAGGGACAUUUUGCUAGGACAGCGGCAUUAUCUCGACCUAUGCUGGGAUCGAACCCUGGACCUUCAGAGGUUGACAGUUCACCGUAUGGAUCAACAUAUUUAUCACCACCCCCAGAUACCAGCUGGCGACGGAAUUAUGCGUAUCUAAACGGUACUACUCUCUCACGGACUAAUUCAGAUUCUGCUCUACAUACAAGUGCAAUGGGGUUCCCAAAUCAAGAUUUAGGGCCGAACACACCCCCCACACAUCGUAGGAUUGUAGAAAUGGUAGAGAAUUCAAUACCAGAAAUGCAAAGAGGAGGUUACUGGGAUCCUAAAAAGUUGGCUCAAUCCAGACCAAAAUCAUGUGAAGUUCCAAACAUCAACAUCUACCCAUCUCAAGAACAAGAUACCGGUGUUCCUAACAUACCCAUUUCAAACAAUACAGGCUCGCUCCCUGAUCUUACAGUUCUCCAUUUCCCAUCACCCCUAGCAACGCCAUUAGACGUAGACUCAGAUCAACAACAACAACAGCAACAUUAUGGUAACCAUGGGAACAGUCCAACGAGCCUGUCCCCCACCAGUCCUCAGUAUAAUAACAUGUCACCCCCAGGACAGAUUCAACAUAAUUCCCAGCAGAGUCCUGGACCGCGGCGACGCCCUGCUCAAGGCGUUCCUAGUCCACUCGUACUGAAUAAUGGAAAUCAUAUGAACAUGCCUCUUUCUCCUCCCGACGGCAACCUUGACCCCAGUCAGUUACCAAUGGAGCCGCGUAUUCGUCAGCAAUAUAUGUUACAUCACAUGUACCAACGUCAUCGGAGUCCUGGUUCUCAAACCACACAUCCCCGUCAUCACACUCCACAUCGCAUUUUACAUAAUCAUCAUCGAACUACGUCACAUGGCAUCACGCGGACAUCACCCACUAAAUCUACCACGCCACCAAUCGUGCCCAGAGUUCAAAUUACAGGCUGCGAUCAGCAGGACCAAUCACAGCCAUCAAUGACUCAAUAUAGAAACAGCGUAGACGGAGGUUGUCAGUCUCCUACAUCACCUCUGUCACAACCUUCGUAUUCACCUGCUCAAUCUCCUGGUCUGCCCCCCGUCUCCUCUAACAACGGUUCACCCUUCGCGGAGGCUUACUACGUUCAACAGCAACAACAGACUACAGCUCUACAACAUCAGUUUGAACAUUUUACUAUGUCACAUGAUUUACCUAAUUCCACAAUGGUAUCGCUAUCAUCAUCGUUGCCCAAUUCAAUGGUUUCCCCAAUAACUAAUAAUACUUCCCAGUCAUAUACUCAAGCCUGUUCUCAGAAUCUUACAGGCAGCAAUUCAGAUUUUCAUCAACGUUACUUCCAGCAAUUAGAAAAUAGUUUACAAUCACAAAACAUAUCAUCUCAUUUGUCACAGAACAAUCCGAUUCCUGACAUAGUGCUCACUGGUGCUGACGAUAUAUUGGGUCGUCCGCAUCAUGAUUUUGCCAAAGAAAUCGGAAACGCCAUAAUUGGUAUGACAGACGGAUUCGAUACAGACUUUUUCUCGGCAGAUGAGGCGUUUAAAGCUGGAUUAGAUCCCUUGGAUUUGGAUGGAUUACAAAUGUUGACUGAUCCCAGCAUGGUUACCGACCCAGCAACAGAGGAUUCCUUUAAAUUAGAUCGUUUAUAG